AUGUCGUCCUCCGAUGAAAAAUACUACGAUGAGAAGAAUAUCUCUUCCGUCGUCGAGCCUCCCGAGGCCGAGCCCAUCGCAGUUGGUCGCGUGAGUGGCCUCAAGAGACGAUUUCCCCACUUCAGCCUUGAGGUCCGUCAGGAGGAGAGCAGUUUUGCUGCCACCAAGGCCGCUUCCAAUGCCGACUUCGACCCAAUUCCUCCAUCAAAGCGGACAUGGAACUGGGGUGCAUAUGUCGCCUACUGGAUGGCCGAUGCCUGGGCUGUUUCCAAUUGGGAAGUUGCUUCUUCCAUCAUCGCCGUCGGCCUCAGCUGGAAGAUGGCAAUCGGCGCCUGUGUCCUGGGCAAUGCUAUCAUGGGUCUCGUCAUUACCAUCAACGGAAGAAUGGGUGCCACGCUUCACACUCCAUUCCCGGUGCUCGCACGCAUGCCCUUUGGUUACUACUUCAGCUACUUCGUCGUCGUGUCCCGCUGCGUCCUCGCCAUCGUCUGGCUCGGUGUUCAAACCACGACUGGCGGUCAAUGUAUGACCGUGCUCCUCACCGCCAUCUGGCCAAGUUUCGCAAGAAUCCCCAACCACAUACCUGAGAGUGAGGGCAUCACCACCGCCGGCAUGAUUGGGUUUCUGCUCUACUUCUUGCUUCAGCUUCCGUUCUUGUGCAUCCCCUACACGAAGGUCCAAUACUUCUUCGCCUUCAAGAGUAUCAUUGCACCGAUCAUUUUCUUGGCCAUUUUUGGCGAUACGCUGCGCAGGGCUGGUGGCACCAUCAGCAACAGCACCGUCAUCACCCAGGGAACCACUAUCCACGGCUCGACUCUUGCAUGGGCCUUUUUCGGCAAUCUCAACGGCGUCUUGGGCAACUACGCCACCCUGGGCCUGAACAUUGCCGACUUUUCCAGAUACUCCAACAAGCCCAGCGCACAGAAUGUCCAAGCCCUCGUCAUACCCCUCAUCUUCACUAUUGUUGGUCUCCUCGGUAUCUUCACUGCCGCUGCCUCCCAAACUGCCUAUAACGAGAUCAUCUGGAACCCCAUCGUCAUCAUCAAUCUCUGGAUGAAGAAUGGAUCCCACGGUGGCCGUGCUGCUGCUGCCUUUGGCGCCAUCGGCUUGAUCAUCGUCACCCUCGGUAUCAACAUCUCCGCCAACUCCAUCAGCGCUGCCAACGACCUCAUGUCUUUCUGCCCCAAGUACAUCAACAUUCGCCGUGGUCAGCUGCUCGCUGCCGUCAUUGGUAGCUGGGGCUUUGUUCCGUGGAAAAUCCUCGCAUCGGCCGCGAAGUUCCUUGCUUUCCUCGGUGGCUACACCAUUUUCCUGGGCCCCAUGACAUCCAUCCUCAUGGCUGAGUUCGUACCUCCACAAUCCCCCCAAGCUCCACCUACAUCGUCUGUGAUAUCUAACCUGUUCGUCUCGUGCUAUAGCUACUAUAUUGUCCGACGGGGUAACGUGUCUGUACCGGAUAUGUACAACUUCCACGGCAUCUACCGCUAUUCGCCCAGAUUCGCCACCAACUGGCGCGCUGUCGCGGCCUUCUUCAUCGGCUGCAUCCCCCCGCUCCCAGGCUUCGUUAAUAAUAUCGUUGAGGCGGGCAAUGGCAAGACUAGCGUUUCUCUAGGCGGUCAACAUCUGUUCGCUAUCGGUUACGUUUAUUCCUUUAUCGCUGCCGGUAUCUUCUACUGGGCCUUCAACCGCUUCUUCCCGCACACCGACUCCAUGAUGGACCACCCCGAGACGGGCGAGGACAUCAUUGCAGCUAACGAUGCCAAGAACGUGGCAGAGCGUCGCGCCAGUUGGUCUGAGCGGAGGCCAAGUGCUGUGUCGAGGUUCUUCCAAGUUUAG